AUGUCGUUGACGUCUGAGCAGCUCGAAGACUUUGGCAGAGUCGCGUUGAGGUGGUCGAGCUCAGCAGACCGACUUGCAGCUUGGAGGCCAGCCCCCAACCUUGGCGGCAGAGGAGGCGGAACGCCCGUCAUUGCUUUUGACAUCGUACCCGCCAAGGGGGCGACGAUCCGUGCGUGCCUUAUCCUCACCCUGGCCACUAGCGCCCUCGCUGGCUACGCAGGUCUCGGCUAUGGUUUGGGCUACGGCCUCGGCUAUGGUCUGGGUUAUGGCUACGGAGCUUCUUACCUGGCCGCUCCAGCCGUCGCCACCUACCACGCCCCAGCAGUAGCCACCGUUGCACACGCCACUCCAGUCGUUGCUGCUGCUCCAGCCGUCGCCACCACCAGUUACCAUGCCCCAGCUUUUGCCACUGUUGCCUACGCUGCUCCAGCUGUUGCUUACGCCACUGCCCCUGCCGUAACUAAGGUUGCCACUACCUACCACGCUCCAGUUGCCACCGCAGUCGCUGCCCCAGUCGCGACAUACGCUGCUGCUCCAGUGGCCACCGCUGUUGCCACUCCAGCCGUCGCAACCUACCACGCCGCCCCGGCUGUGGCCACUACCACCAUCCACCAGGCCCCGGCCAUUGCCACUGUUGCCCACGCGGUCCCAGCUGUUGCCACCGUCACUCACGCCAUCCCAGCUGUUGCCACCGUCGCUCACGCUGCCCCAGUCUACGGAUACGGCGUAAGCACUCUCGGCUACGGCGUCGGCCACUACGGCUUCGGCUAUGGUCUUGGUGCCUACGGCCUGAACUACGGCUACGGUCUUGGCACUCCCGUCAGCUACCUCACCCUCCUCCGCAAGAGAAAGUUUUAUCUCACCUCUACAAGCCUGGAACCCGCAGCAACUAUGGUCGCCUUCCGUGCCAGCCUUAUCCUGGCCCUAGUCGCCAGUGCAUUCAGCCACGUUGUCGUCACGCCCGGCGUUGGUCUGGGCCAGGGCAUCGCACUGGGAGCCUCCUACGUUGCUGCUCCAGCCGUCACUCGCGUGGACACCUACCACGCUGCCCCGGCUGUCGCUGCCGUCGCUCCGGUGAUUGCUUCCGCCCCAGCUGUCACUCGCGUCGACACCUACCAUAAUGCGCCAGCCGUUGCCACUGUCGCUGCUGCUCCAGCCACCACCGUCACCAAGGUGACGGAUACCUACCACUCUGCCCCAGCCGUCGCUAAAGUAGCCACUGUCCAGGCCGCCCCAGCUGUGACUAAGGUUGACACCGUUCAGACUAGCCAAGCUGUAUCCUACGCUGCUGCGCCCGCCGUGACUAAGGUUGACACUAUCCAGACUGCCCCAGCUGUCACCUACGCCGCUGCUCCAGCCGUGACUAAGGUUGACACCAUCCAGACUGCCCCAGCUGUCACCUACGCCGCUGCCCUAGCCGUGACUAAGGUUGACACCAUCCAGACUGCCCCAGCUGUCACCUACGCCGCUGCCCCAGCAGUUACGAAGUUCGCCACUGUCCAGGCUGCCCCAGCUGUCACCUAUGCUGCCGCUCCAGUCGUAGCUUCUUACGCUGCUGUCCCAACUGUGACCAAGUUCGCUACCGUCCAGGCUGCUGCCCCAGUUGUGGCUGCCGCCCCAGCCGUGACCCGCGUUGACACUUACCAUGCCGCUCCAGCCGUUGCUACUGUGGCUCAUGCUGCUCCAGUCGUUGCUGCCGCCCCGGCUGUGACCCGUGUUGACACUUACCACGCUGCUCCAGCUGUCGCCACCGUUGCUCACGCCGCUCCAGUCGUAGCUGCUGCCCCAGCCGUCACUACGGUUGCCCACGCUGUUCCUGUCGUUGCGGCUGCUCCAGCACUGACCAAGGUCACCACCAUCACCGACACCCUUCACGCUGUUCCAUCCGUCGCCACUGCCCAUGCUUCUCCCGUCGUAGCCACUCCAGUCUAUGGAUAUGGCGUUGGAAAGCUUGGCUAUGGCCUCGGUCACUUUGGCUACGGCUAUGGUCUUGGCGCCUACGGUCUGAACUACGGCUAUGGCCUUGGCACUCCAUUCGACUACACUAACCUCCUCCUCCGUAAGAAGAAGUAAACGUCACCUAAUAUUUAUAACUGCUCUGAAGAUGCCAACACGCCUCAAGUCGGCAUUUUUAAUAAAGUAACCUUUGAGGAGAAAGUAUUUUUUGUCAUCUAUGUAAUUUCGCG